GCCCAAAUAAAAGCAGAGGGUCCAGGGCAGGCUGCAGUCGGAGUCCAGCGGGCACCAUGAGGAGAGCUGGAGAGCAAGUGGGUCUCCUCCUCUUCUGCCUGAUGAUUGCAAUCCAUCGAGGGGCGCAGGAGUCCUGCCCAGAAGCUAAGAAGCUUGACCCUGAAGUCAACGAUACAAUAGCCAUUGAGCGGGGGAGUCCAGGCUUGCGAGGACCACAAGGGCCACGGGGGCCCCCUGGCAUUCUAGGGACCAAAGGUGCCCCAAACUGCAAAGAGCUCUUGAAAAGAGGAGUGGUCCUGAGUGGCUGGUACACCAUCUACCCCCAGGACUGCCAGCCCCUGGAGGUGCUGUGCGACAUGGACACUGACGGAGGCGGAUGGAUCGUCUUCCAAAGACGGUCGGACGGCUCGGUGGACUUUUUCCGGAACUGGGCUGCCUACAAGAGGGGAUUUGGAAGCCAUCUGACUGAAUUCUGGCUGGGGAAUGACCACCUUCACUGCUUGACCUCACUGGGAAAGAACGAAUUGCGUGUUGACUUGAUUGAUUUCGACAAUCAUCAAACCUUCGCCAAGUAUGCGUCCUUCCAGGUGGCAGCAGAAUCCAACUGGUAUCAGCUAACUCUGGGCUCCUUCACGGGGGGCUCUAUAGGUGACUCUCUCUCCUACCACAACAACAUGCCCUUCUCCACCUGGGAAAAGCGGCUGAACCUCAAGAGCGUCAACUGUGCUGAGAAGUACAAAGGUGGCUGGUGGUACAAUAGCUGCCACCACUCCAACCUCAAUGGGAGAUACUGGCUGGGAGAACAUAAGACCUUUGCCGAUGGCAUCAACUGGAGAACGGGGAAAGGCUACUUCUACUCCUACAAGCGCUCCGAAAUGAAAAUCCGACCUGUGGCUUAGGCGGCUCCUUCAGCUGAAGGGGCUUUUUCUUUCUGAGGGCUUCCAAAGGGCAUCUAGUCCAUCCCCUCUGCUUUUGAUUUGCUACCUUGAUAGAGAGCUUGCAUUUUACAAAAUUGACAUGAUUAAAUGGUCUUUAAACAGCUACUCCUUGGCGCCUUUGUCUUUGACGGGUGGAGGGCUUUUCAAUUUGCCCCACUCCUUCAGCUCCACUGGAAUUCGGCAGCCAUUGAAUAUUAAUGAAAUAAAUAAAAAUAGGAUCUUCAACCCA